CUUCCGGGCGCGCGGCGCGGAGCCGGGCGGUGGGAAUGGAGCGAGCAGAUUGAGGCCGCCACUGCAGCGCCGCCAGCAUGAACUUGGCCGCGAGCUGAAGCGGCCGGCGGCGGGCGGGCGCGGGGGCACCGGCCGCUAGCCAGGGGGUGAUCUGCAACCGGGCUGGGCCAUUCGGCGGGCGCCUGGGGCCAGGCUGCCCUCGCCGGCGGCCGCCCGCCCCUCGGGCACUGCCCUGGCCGCCGCCGGAGCUCCGCAACACGCCCUGUGUCUAGGUCGUUUGGGAAGCGCCUUGGAGAAUCAAGAAUAAAAUUGCAGGUCAAACAAUGGAUGACUGGAAAAGUCGGCUUGUAAUCAAGAGCAUGCUUCCCCAUUUCGCCAUGGUGGGAAAUCGGCAGGAGCCCAGAAAGCUCCAGGAAUCGCCACAGGGAACCCUUAAGAGGAGGCAGGAAGGAGACAACUACCAAUUUGCAGGCAUGGCUGAUGGCGGUUACCCUAAUAAAGUUAAGAGGCCCUGCCUUGAAGAUGUCACCCUUUCUAUGGGCCCAGGUACCCAUCCCAGUACCCUCUGUACAGAGAUGCAGGUUCCCAUGUUACCAGUGAAUCCUAGCUCUGCAGUGAUGGGAGUACCUAAUCAGUCAUUACUACUUGAGAAUAAUGCUAUAAAUGGCAGUGUCACAGGCCCACCAUUUGGGGUGCCACCAACCUCAGAAAUGGAGCUGAAAGAACCCUCUGCUCCUUGCUAUGAGAAAAACAGCCCACCUGCUGAAGACCAGGAACUUCAAGAUCUGCUGGAAGAGUUAACCAAAAUUCAGGAACCUUCUUCGUCUGAAUUAGAUCUUGAGAAUAUACUGGGGAGCAAGCCAGAAGAGCCAUUGGUCUUACAUCCUCCCCAGGCAACCGUAGGCAUGCCCCCCCAGGCAACUGUAGGCAUGCCUCCCCAGGCAACCGUAGGCAUGCCUCCCCAGGCAACCGUAGGCAUGCCUCCCAAGCUUCCAGUUCAGAUGCCACAAAUGGAGAGCGUUUGUUCCAGCAAGGCUUUUGCUUCGAGUUGCAGCCAAGUCACUGGCGUGUCAGUUCCAAUCAUGCCCUCCUCCACUGGGAUCAGCCAUUCUGUUCCUUCCACCGGUAAGCAGAUGGUCUCAGUCAGUCCUUCAACAACACAGGCCAAGAACCAGGCCCAGGCCAUGCUCCCUGUCACUUUGCCCCCAUUACCAGUGCCGCAGUGGCAUCAUGCCAACCAGCUGAAAGCAUUGGCAGCCAGCAAGCAGGGAUCUGCUACAAAGCACCCAAGGCCCUGCAUCGCCUGGUCUGGCCUGCCUCCUACAGGCAUUUCCCCACCUUACCGUCCGGUGCCAUCACCACACCCACCACCACCACCACCACCACCACCACCCUUUGGCUCUCAGAGCUUCAUGGGACCCUGCAUAUCAUCCAACAGUUCCUCAGGCAGCACUGUGCAAGCCUCGCCCAAUGCCUUACUCUCCAGCAUGGCGUCUGGCAGCAGUGCCACUAUGGGGCCCACCUUGCACUAUGUUCCUGAGAAGCAUCCCAGUGUGGCUGUCAAUCAACAACCACAGUUUGGCCAACAGGGCUCCAUUCUUGCAAACCUGGUGUCCUCUGCAAUCAAAAGUCCUCAAGGACACCUGAUGUCUGCUCUGCCCACCAGCAAUCCAGGGCCAUCCCCACCCUAUCGCCCAGAGAAACUCUCCAGCCCAGGCUUGCCACAGCAGUCCUUCACUCCACAGUACUCUCUGAUCAGGAGCCUCCCUCCCACCAGUACUCAGCUAAGUCAGCAGCAGCAGCAGCAGCAACAGCAGCAGCAGCAGCAGCAGCAACAGCAGCAAGCAAAUGCCAUCUUCAAGUCCAUAACCAGCAAUUCAUCCAAAACCAUGACCAUGAUCAUGCAACAGGGGCUGACCAAUUCCAGCCCAGAAGGCCCUGAACCAUUUACCUUUGGCAACACCAAGCCAUUGUCCCACUUUGUUUCUGAGCCAGGCCCCCAGAAGAUACCCUCCAUGCCUGCUCCCUCCAGGCAGCAAUCCCUGCUUCACUACUUGCAGCAGCCCACACCAGCGCAGGCCUCCUCAGCCACUGCCUCCUCCACUGCCACUGCCACCUUACAGCUGCAGCCACCACAACCACUGCUGCCACCACCACAGCCACUGCCGCCACCACCACAGCCACUGCCGCCACCACCACCACCACCACAGCCUGACCAUUCUGCAUUCCUACUGCAGCAGAUGAUGCAGCAAUCCCAGCGCUUUCAGCGAUCAGUGGCCUCAGAUUCCAUGCCUGCUCUGCCCAGACAGCAAGAGAAACAGAGAUCAGGUCUUAUGGCAAUAACCCCUAAACAGAGGAGCGUGUACAUGGGCCAGCAGAUGAGCCAUUUUCAAGCCGUCCAAGAACAAGUCACCUCCAAGUGUAGCCACACCAAGGCAAGCCCCCUGUCCAGCCAGCAUAUGAUGUCAUCCACACCUGGGCUCCUUCAGAACAAUGAGAAUCCAGGAAUAAUACAACCCACCAGACACCAGAGCCAUGAGGGCAUGAGCACGAUCUCACCAACUCUGAAGAAGCAGCAAAGAAUAUUCAACUCCAGCCCCCAGUGUCCCACAUCCUCACACUUGAACCAGAACCCCCAGGGCAAUCUUGGCUCUGUCUGCCAGCAUCCACAGAAUCCCAAAAUCACCCCUGUAGGAGUGCCCCUGCCCAGGUUCUGCUCCCACCCCCUGGACAGUCAGCACCUAAGUCCCCACCAGCUCAGACAGCCCAGCAUGACAAGAAUGCCCACUGUAUUCAACAAUGCUGCCUGGAUGGUGGCGGCAGCAGCUAUGACCACAGCAGUUUCGAGGGAACCUCCUCCAAGCCAGGGAGAUGACAGCAUGAAGCACCAUUUUGAUAGCAACUCAGUCUUUGCCAAGGUGCCCAUGGGAGUGCCUCCGGUAGCCUCGGCAUUUCCAUCUCAGCAGCCGUUUGUGCCCCCUAAUCAGGCUGCCCCAGGAGGCACACCUGACCAGAAGGUUAGUGAUGCUCUGGCCAACCCCAGCUUCAGCCUGCUGGGGAACCAGAGCUUCCAGCAGAGCCCAGUACAGGUCCCUGUGCCUGUGCUGAACACUACCAAGUCCCUCCAGCAGGGCAUGGCCACCAUGGCUCCCAUGAGUCCCACUCAGGGCAUUGAGCCACCAAGCUAUGUGGCUGCCGCCGCUGCUGCCGCUGCUGCCGCUGCUGCAUCUGCCAUCACUGCUAGCCAGUCCUUGGGUCCAUUUGACAGAACAGGUAGCCUCCUUGAGCUGUCACCUGACAACCUUUUGCCCCAACUUCAUCCCCAGUCUCCGCUAAAUGGUCUGAUUUCAUCCCCUGAUGAUAGUGAGGUGGAUUUCAUUGAAGCUCUCUUGAAAGGCUCUAGCGAGGGCCCAGAUGAAGACUGGGUGUGCAAUUUGAGGCUGAUCGAUGACAUUUUGGAACAGCAAGCUGCAGUCCAAAAUGCCACAGCCCAGAAUGCCGACCAACUCACCAAGGGUACUGGGGAGCUUUAGAUCAGAGCAGGAUGCCCAUAGAAACCCCCAUGUUGAUGUCACUCAAAGAAGUGGCCAGAAUCCACAUCAAGUUCACAACUGGCCCCAGACAGUCACACUUGGCUCCUCAUUAGUGGUGUCAGCCCAGCCUGUCCCUCUCUCUACCAGAAACAAUGGAAAGCUGGUGAUUUUUCAAGCUACUUGUAUAUAUUUAAAAAAUUUUGUAAAUGGUUUUCCUAAACACGAAUGACAGAAGUAUUUAUACUUGGUUUUGUGACUUUGUAAAUAAAGUGACGGCUUUUGUUUCAAUAGAGUUGUGUUUAUUAUGCCUUGUUUUGUGUUUAUUAUACAUUUUAUACAAAUAUGCAGACUGUGUUGUCCACUGCAGUGACACCUUGUUAAGCCAGGUGACUGAGUUGCUGUGGUUUUGAUGCAAUGAGAGAUGUGGAUGUGAUCAGUGGGUGUUGUACAAACUGACAAAUGCUGAAUAGAAAAACCACGUGGUCAUUGAUUUCCAUAUUCACUAAAAAUUCUGUUGCCUGCCAGGUGUGACUGUUAAUCUCAUUGCAGACUUCUUCAUCCCUGCUAGCUCCUCCCUAAUGAGCAUCUACAGCAGAAGCUAUUUUAUUGUUAAGUGCCCCCUGAGACAUUGCAGGUAAGCUAGAUGUCCUUUAGAUUUGGGAGAGGUGCAAAGAGCUGAGCUCUGUGUGAGCUGUCCACCUCGAGGCACUAGAACAUUCCCCUCUUUCCGUCAUUCAGACCUCAGAGAAAACCCCCACUUCCUGCUGCUUCAGUGCACCCUCACAGUGGGAAGGUGAGCCCAUCCUGCUUUCAAGCCUGCUUUCAAGUCUUUCCGCAUUCGUCUUGGUGUAAGGCUCUGUGGUUUGGGGUGAAGAGUCUAUAAACAUUAAUAGUUGAUUUGGAGUUUGUCUUUGAUGGUUUCUAUCUGCAAUUAUUGUCAUGUAUAUUUAAGUGUCUGUUAUAAAAAAAAUCCACACGCACUGUCCUGUAAACUUUUCUCAGUGUCCAGAUUUUGUGUAAUGACAUUUUAAUUGCCACCUCGUAUUUUGCCUCUACAUCAAAAUCUGGCAUCUAUUUUGAGCCAGUGUGUUUUUUCUGUUCUGUAAUAAACAGCCAGGAGAAAAGUG